AUGGUUAGAGCCCUUAUGUGUCUUGAACUUAUACUGAAUGCAGUUAAUAUAAAUUUCGUAACCUUUUCUGAUUUUUUUGAUAGUCGCCAAUUAAAAGGAAAUAUUUUUUCAAUUUUUGUUAUAGCUGUUGCAGCCGCUGAAGCAGCUAUCGGACCUGCUAUUGUUUCCUCAAUUUAUCGUAACAAAAAAUCAACCCUAUAUCUUAUUUUUAUCACGAAUUAUUUUCCUUGGUUAACAAUAAUUGUAGUUUUGCCAAUAGCUGGAGGUUCCUUAAUUUUCUUAUUUCCUCAUAAAGGAAAUAAGGUGAUUAGGUGGUAUACUAUUUGUAUAUGCUUAAUGGAUCUCCUUCUAACAACCUAUGCAUUUUGUUAUCAUUUAGAAUUGGAUGAUCCACUAAUUCAAUUGACAGAGAAUUAUAAAUGGAUCCAUUUUUUUGACUUUUACUGGAGAUUCGGAAUAGAUGGACUCUCUUUAGGACCCAUUUUAUUGACAGGAUUUAUCACCACUUUAGCUACGUUAGCAGCUCAGCCGGUUACUCGAGAAUCACCAUUUUUUUAUUUCCUGAUGUUAGCAAUGUAUAGUGGUCAAAUAGGAUCAUUUUCUUCUCGAGACAUUUUACUUUUUUUCAUCAUGUGGGAAUUAGAAUUAAUUCCCGUUUAUCUACUUUUAUCUAUGUGGGGGGGUAAGAAACGUUUGUAUUCAGCUACAAAGUUUAUUUUGUACACUGCAGGAAGUUAUUUUUUAUUAAUGGGAAUUCUGGCUAUGGGUUUAUAUGGUUCUAAUGAACCAACAUUAAAUUUUGAAUCAUUAACUAAUCAAUCGUAUCCCAUGGCGCUGGAAAUAAUUUUCUAUAUGGGAUUUUUUAUUGCUUUUACUGUCAAAUCGCCAAUUAUACCUUUCCAUACAUGGUUACCAGACACCCACGGGGAGGCACAUUACAGCACUUGUAUGCUUUUAGCCGGAAUCUUAUUAAAAAUGGGAGCAUAUGGAUUGGUUCGAAUUAAUAUGGAAUUAUUAUCCCGCGCUCAUUCUAUAUUUUGCCCCUGGUUAAUGCUAUUAGGUUCAAUUCAAAUAAUCUAUGCAGCUUCAACAUCUCUUGGUCAACGUAAUUUAAAAAAAAGAAUAGCUUAUUCCUCAGUAUCUCAUAUGGGUUUCUUAAUUAUAGGAAUUAGUUCUAUAAGCGAUACGGGACUUAAUGGCGCUAUUUUACAAAUAAUCUCUCAUGGAUUUAUUGGCGCUGCGCUUUUUUUCUUGGCGGGAACUAGUUAUGAUAGACUACGUCUUCUUUAUCUCGACGAAAUGGGCGGAAUGGCUAUCCCAAUGCCAAAAAUAUUCACCAUUUUCACUAUUUUAUCGAUGGCUUCUCUUGCAUUGCCGGGCAUGAGCGGUUUUGUUGCAGAAUUGAUAGUUUUUGGAAUAAUUACCAGCCAAAAAUAUCUUUUAAUUACAAAAAUACUAAUCACUUUUGUAACAGCAAUUGGAAUGAUAUUAACUCCCAUUUAUUUAUUAUCUAUCUUACGGCAGAUGUUCUAUGGAUACAAGCUUUUUAAUACACCAAACUCUUAUUUUUUUGAUUCUGGGCCACGAGAAUUAUUUAUUUCAAUUUCGAUCCUUAUACCCGUACUAUGUAUUGGUAUUUAUCCGGAUUUCAUUUUCUCAUUCUCGGCUAACAAAGUUGAAGCUAUUCUAUCCAAUUUUUUAUAG